AUGAGUUCAAUUUCGGGAAUUUCUAAUAUUUCAUCAAUUUCAAAACUCAAUGGUAAUUCCAAUAAACCUACAACAUUAUUACCAAUAUCUAUAUUAUUAAAUCUUCAAAAAAUUUUGAAAAAAUCAAUUUUUUCAAGAAAAUUUUAUCAAGAAAUUAAUGAUAAAGUAUUAAGUAAAUCUUCAACUGUUGAUCAAAAUUUAUAUUUUAUUUGUUAUUUUUCAUUAUUAAUUUCAGCAAUUUUAAAUAAUAAACCAAAAAUUCUUUAUUUUUUAAAAAAUCAAUGGUAUAAAUUCAUUCAAUUAGUGAAAAGUGCUACUGGUAUAUCUACAACCACAACAGCAACAGCAACAACAACAGCAACUAAAGAGAAAGAAGAAAAUAAUGGAGGCUCUACUUCAUAUUUGGAGAAAAUUUUAAAUCCAAAACCACCAGUUUAUACUGAAGGAACACCAUCAAAAUUAGCUUAUCAUUUGAAAAAAAUCAAUAGUUAUUUAGCCGAUAUAAGAAUUUUCAAUCGAUUAACGGAUUCCAUUAAAUAUAUGCCCUGGAUAAUCGAUGAAUAUCAUGCAUUCACCAACACUAAUUCUCCUACAUCAAUUCCUAAAUUUGAUAGAUUUAUUAAUUUAUUACAAUCAUUAAAUUGUCUUGUUUUAGAAAUUUUAGAGAAUUUAGGUUGGUUAACUGAUCAUGAUUGGAUUGGCACUGGUGAUAAUGAAUGGUGGUGUAUUGAAACUUAUAUUUGGUGUUGUCGAGUAUGGGGAGUUUAUUUAUUAAUUGAAAUUAUGGAAAUUAUUCGAAGAACUCCAAUGACUAAAUGGAGUAACAAUAAACAAUGGCAAAUUAAUUUAUUUAAAAAUGUUAUUCAAUUACCAUUAGUUUUACAUUGGUCAUUAAGAGAUGGUUGUUUAACUCCAUUUUGGGUUGGUCUUUGUGGAUCAGGAGCAAGUUGGUGGAAUUUUAAAGACAUGUGGCUGUCAAUAGAUUUAUCGUAA